AUGGCAUAUUAUCAUUACACGUGGGACGGCACCAUGUACCAGCCGAACUGCCCUAGCUGGAUGCGUGAUCCGCCGGAGGCCUACGUCCCGGGCCUUCAUCCCCCGACAUCCGGGUACCCGCCGGGCACGAUGCCGCGCCGCGGGCCCGCAGUCGUCGAAAGGACGGCACAGGAAUACACGUACACGGAUUACCGGGGCUCACACACCACGCAGGAGACGCACACUUACUUAAAUGGAAGAGGAGUUGGCAGAACCUUUGGGACUUGUCACCAGCCGCCGCCGCGCGUGCGUUCCCAGAGCUCGCACCCCGCCCCCUCGCGACAUCCCGAGCGGGAGCGGCAGUCUUCCUCGUGCAGAGGACAAGAGUACAUAGCCACCGAGACGCAACAUGAACGACCGGACGACGGGUACCGGCGCCCGCGCGCCUCACACGAGGGGCCACCUCCGCGGCCGCAGCCACGUCCUCCUCCAAAUGCAUACGAGCGCCACCGGCCGUCGCGGGAGCAGGAGCACCGGGGGCGUCCGGAGGGCUCCUCGCGUUACAGGGAGGCGCCACGCGCCCGCUCCCAGUCCAGGGCGCACGGCGGCAGCGGGUCUCGUCGAAGCGAGGAACCGCCCGAGCAGUCGUCGCACCGGCAGCGGCGGUCUUCGCCGUCGGCCCGUGCGCCUCCCGGCCCCAACCGCGACCCCCGAAGAUCAGGGCGCCUCCCGGCCCCAACCGCGACCCCCGAAGAUCAGGGCACGGCGUCAGGCAUGUGCCGGCCGACGACGAAAGGGAUGACCGGCGCGGGCGCGGGUCUCGUGAUCGGCCGUCGCGCGGACGCGAGGAUCGGUACGAGUACUCGCCAGACCGGGGGGGGUGGAGGCCGCCGACGGCCGCUCGCCCGCCGAGUCCGCCUCCGCCCGCGCCCACCCCACCGCCUGCAGUGA